UACCAAGAAUCCCGGAAGUUUCCUUUAAAGAUCACACGAUACUUCGUUUCCAGCGCUUUGAAGAACUACAGUAAUCUGUUCUAUUUGUUUAGAAUUCAUAACCACUAUAUAUAGUUUUGACGCGUAACUUAAAUAUACAUAUUACUUAUGCGGAGGUGGAAUAAAUCUAAAGAACCUGAAUCGCUGUUUCGUUUCGUCUCAAAUCGGGGCUAGCUUUAGCCUAGCAUUCCCUGAACUCUCACUAGCAGCGUCGGUUUGCCUUAGUUUUUGCUUAAUUUGGCUUAAAAAUCAUAUUUUUGUGACUUCACAAAAUACCAAGAACAGGUAAAAGAUACGUCAAAUAAGCAUGGCAGUAUUUAACGAAGGUAACCUCAAGAAAUUACUGAAGCAAUACAAAUAUAGAGAUCUGACAGUCCGAGAAAUAUUCAAUGUCGUCACCCAGUACAGGGACUUGAAGCCAGUAAUGGAUGCUUAUGUUUUCAAUGACGGCUCUUCCAGAGAUCUAAUGAGCUUGACAGGAACUGUCCCUGUAAGCUAUAGAGGUAAUACCUACAACAUCCCGGUGUGUUUGUGGCUGCUGGACACUUACCCCUACAACCCUCCCAUAUGCUUUGUUAAACCAACUAGUAGCAUGAUGAUUAAAACUGGCAAGCACAUUGAUGCCAACGGCAAGAUUUACUUGCCCUACCUGCACGAGUGGAAACAUCCUCAGUCUGACCUUUACGGCCUGAUUCAAGUGAUGAUUGUUGUGUUUGGAGAGGAGCCUCCGGUGUUCUCCCGCCCCGCAACCCAAGCUCCCUUCCCUGCCUUUCCAGCUGCGGGACCCCCUAAUUCCUCCUAUAUGCCUACAGUCUCAGCUUAUGGUCCAGGUCCAAACCCCGGAGUCUACCCAGCUUACCAGUACCCAGGAGGAAACUCUUAUCCUGCUGCUGCAGGACCUGGACACUACCCAACACAACCUCCUGUUUCCACAGUGGGUCCCAGCAGAGAUGGCACCAUCGGGGAAGACACCAUCCGUGCGUCCCUUAUUUCAGCUGUGAGUGACAAACUUCGCUGGAGAAUGAAGGAGGAGAUGGACAGAGCUCAGGCAGAGUUGGAUGCUCUUAAGAGAACAGAGGAGGACCUGAAGAAAGGACACCAAAAGCUGGAGGAGAUGAUCUCGAGACUUGACCAGGAAGUGGCGGAUGUUGACAGGAACAUUGAGCUGCUGAAGAAAAAGGACGAGGAAUUAAGUGAAGCUUUGGAGAAAAUGGAGAACCAGUCUGAGAACAACGACAUCGAUGACGUCAUUGUUCCCACAGCCCCUCUCUACAAGCAGAUCUUGAACCUGUACGCUGAAGAAAAUGCAAUCGAGGACACAAUCUUCUACCUGGGAGAAGCUCUCCGCAGGGGCGUUAUAGAUCUGGAAGUUUUCCUCAAGCACGUCCGCCUUCUGUCCAGAAAACAGUUCCAGCUUCGUGCUCUCAUGCAGAAAGCCCGCAAGACCGCCGGCCUCAGCGACCUGUACUGACCUUCACUUGCAGCUUGAGAAGCAGCAUAUCUACACACUCUCUCUUUUCUCCAGCUGUUUGUUCCCUUUUGAUGGUCUUCAUAUAAACCAACCUCUUUUUUUAACCGAAACAAAGACUAAAUGAAAUUUAGCAGACUUGUGGAACGUUUGAACGUGUUGUGGUUGGUCACAAACACUCUCCAGAUGUGGAAUUCAUACUUUCCUAGUCCAAAAAUCUAUAGAAACCUCCCCCUCCCUCAUUAUCUUUGUAAAUCAGGUAGAGUGGUUGUGUGACACACAUGCCAAGUUGAUGAAAUCCAAGUGCAAGCCUAGUGUGUGUACAGUGUAUGCAACAUUUGAGUGUUUGUGCUGUCACUGGUCUUUGUUUACACUGGGUUUGCGUGCUGUUCUGUACACAGCAUGCUGCCCUGCUGGGUUUGCCUUUACUGGUCAACGUCAUUUGACCAGUAAGCACAAAUAGGAUAGAGCGUGGACCGCGGGGGCCUUGUUUGGAGCUCCUUUUGUCCCUUCGUGGUGAAAUUUAAAUUCCCAGACAAACUGACAGGUCCAGCCUCAGGAUUUGUGUAAAUUCUUCUUCUGUGGUCUUGGGUUCAAAGGGAUUUGUUUUAUGACCAAUAAAGGUUCUAAUUAUUUAAUUUGAGUCCGGUGGAAUUUUAGUUUCCAAGCCGCCGAUCCACACUACGCGUUCUCCGUGUUCCCUUGAGAUGGUCCGAGCCAGGUUUUGGGGUUGUGUGUCCGCUGCUCAGGCGUCUCCAGUCUGACUGUUUUAAUCAGUUAAGUAAAGUACUUGUUUCAUUAAUGUACAGCCUGCAUAUUUAAUUCUAAGAAAUGACAAAAGAUCUCUAUUCUUUUAUUUUCUGUUUUACAUGUGCUAUCCACUCCUGCUCAGUCCUGCUGAGAAAGUUAGGCUUGCAUUCAAAUUAAGGAAAAGGUUUUGAGGAAAGAUGGGCUAGAGGGUACAAAAAGAACUAAUCAAAAUGUUAACUUAUGUAAAGUUUUGUCUCUUGAGUUAGCCUUUUACUAAAUGCGCUUUGGGUUGUAUGAUAGAAUGUGUUAUUUUUCUUGUUUUCAGUUCAGCCGUAGACCACCCGUUCUUUUAUAUCUGUAGAUUCAUGUAAAGAAGUAAAAAUAAAAAAAACAA